UACUUCCUUGAAGGGUGGUGCGGUACUUUCAGGAAACAGUUGUGAAAGUAAACAGCGUGAGAACAAGCCGGACAGCCUGCCGAAGCGCUGACAGAUUAAGAGGGGCUAGAGUGUCACGAACGCGGACAUGGAGACGAGUGCUUACGGUGCAUCUCUGGCCGGUGGAGCCUUUGAUUUCUGGAGCUUUCUAAAGCGUCCGCAGACUAUCACCAGGCUGUUCAGUUGGCUCUUCGCCAUAGUGGUGUUUGCCACCAUAGUUUCUGAAGGCUACAUGAAUGAAAACCAUGAAGAAACCACUAAAUGCAUGUUCAAUCAGAAUGAUAGUGCUUGCAGCUAUGGAGUUGGUGUUGGGAUUUUAGCUUUCCUGGCCUGUGUUGUCUUCAUUGUGCUGGAUGCCUACUUCCCCCAGAUCAGCAAUGCCAACGAGAGAAAGUACAUUGUGUUGGGUGAUCUUUGUUUCUCUGGUGUGUGGACGUUCCUGUGGUUUGUGUGUUUCUGCGUCCUAGCCAAUCAGUGGUCUCACACUACUCAGACAGUCGUCCUAGCUGAUGCAGCUCGAGCUGUGGUGACCUUUUCCUUCUUCUCCACUGCCACCUGGGCCAUUCUUACCACGUUCGCAUUUCAACGAUACCGUCAAGGGGUGGACGAGGUUGGCCUAGGCUACAAUGAUCCUUCAUCCAGUGACCACACUUCCCCGUACCCUUCAGCAUAUGCUGGUGCUCCAGAGGGUUACCAGCAGUCCCCAUUCACUGCCAGUGCUGCGGCACAGGGAGGGUAUCAGCCUCCCGCGUACUGAGCGUGAAGGCAUUUUAACGCGUUUCAUAAGCUCCACUUUUUCCUUUUCCAUAACAGUUGAAAUUGUGACCUGGGAUUGGUGUGCUAUGCUGGUGUGUUUUUUUUUUCAAUGUUUGAAAAAGAAAAAAAGAAGUUAUUUAUUUUUAUUUUCUUUGGAUGCGAAUUCUAAGCAUAACCCUAAGUGUAAAAGUCCCUUGCACAUCUGCAGAAUCAUAAUUCUAAUUUCUCCAAAUUAGAUUCGGAAAACCAGAUUCCACACCAGCUGCGGUUUUUACAUUUACGAAACGGAUGGAAUUUACUUUAUUCCAUGUCUUGAAUGCACAGUCACAUAAUGUAGGAAAAUCUACAGAACUGAUGUGCCUAAAAAUAGAAUCGAAAACUAAAUUCCUCAUAUGCAGACAAUAGAAAGUGAACAAACUCUCUGUGCCAAAUACAUUACCACAAUUGAGUAAUUCUUUAAAAGCAUUGCAUUGCCAUAUAUCACAUUUUUGGAAAGUGUGCACUAAAUCUAUAGCCAAAUGGCUUUAUUAACUGCUAACUUUAGUCUUGUUGAGGUUAGAAUAGAUAACUGAUGAAUAGUUCCGAUUGAGAUUGUGAGGUAAGAAAUGAACUACUGUAAACGUGCCUUAAUUUAAUUUGUGACAGGCAAUAGGCUUUGUGUGGAUAAUAAGCCUUAUUUUUGUGAACUUUAAGCACCUGAGUUUUGAAGUGGUAAACAAUCAUAUAAUGUAAUGUUGUUGACGAAUGUGUUCUUUUAUGUCAGGCCAAAUUCACUGCAAGAUUUCUACCUCUUACUAUUGAAAUUGUGCCUUAUUUUGAAAUUAAUAUCUAGGAAUUGAAAUUGAUUUCAGUGAAUUUCUAUUAAUGUAUUUCUGCUUUGACUAUUUUAGACCACUUUUACUGUUUUCUUCAUUUCCCUAAAAUGAAAAAAAAGAAGAAGAAAAGAUAGAAUAAAUAUUAAUCUAAGUUGGCCACUAAAUAGAAACUCUUUUCAAUAUGGUUAUGUUUUUUUUUUUUUUUUUUUUUUUUUUUGAAGGUAGGGAAAUGUCUUUUACACAGUUCUGUUAUAACACAUAAUCAUUGUGUCCUUCGGUUCAUUUACUUUGCAACAUUUUUUUGUAACAGCAGGUAUUGCAACAUUCAUCGUUUUUGUAAGGAAAUGCUGCACAAUAAACACUUGAUUCUUUCCAAUGUUAA